UUUUCAGAUCCAAGAAUCCGAGAUUGAAGAAGUGAACAUACCCGAAGGUUUUUGACUAGCGGAGACACUUCCGUGGAGCCCACAACUCAACCUCGUCAAUCCACAAGUCCAUCGCCGCCCGCGACAAGCUCAUCUCCCUUCAAGAUGGCGCAUCGCGCCGACGCAGCAGCACUCCUCGACAAUCGAGGCUACAGCGGCCCUCUCCUCCGCGGCAAAAAUCCCGCGACCCUGAUCGAAACCGGUGUGCGGGACCGGAUCACGGAAUCCUACUACUGGAAAGAGCAAUGCUUCGGGCUGAACGAGGCGACGUUAUGCGACCGCGCCGCCGAGCUCACGUACAUUGGCGGGACGUAUAGUGAUUUUGGGCGGCCGACGCCGUUCCUAUGCUUGCUGUUCAAGAUGCUGCAAUUGCAGCCGUCGAAAGCGGUCGUUAAGGAGUACUUGGACUGGACGGAGGAGGAGGAUGAGAAGAGUGUGAAUGGCGAUGAUGCGGAGAUGGGGAAUGGAGAUUCGAAGCCGGCCAACGGGGAUUCGCAUAAUGGUCGACUAGGAAGUCGGAAUGACUUCAAAUACCUCCGUGCGCUGGCUGCUUUCUACAUCCGGCUCGCAUGGGAUCCGGUCGAAAUCUACUCCACCCUCGAACCGCGACUCGAAGACUAUCGUAAACUGAAGCGACGGCUCAAGGACGGGUUCAUCUUGACGUAUAUGGACCAGUUCAUCGACGACCUCCUCAGCAAAGACCGCGUGUGCGGAACCGCGCUGUGGAAGCUGCCUACCCGAACCAUGCUGGAAGACGACGGAAAGCUAGAGCCGCGGGAAAGCAAGGUCGCGGACCAGUUACACUCCGACUCCGACGUCGAUAUGAGAGACGACGACGACGCCCGUUCCCCUAGCCGUACAUCCUCCCCACCCACCCCUCGCGCACGCAGCCCAUCUACCUCUCCCGAACGCGUCGUCAAGCGCAAGCGAUCACCCUCCCCUCGCUCCCUCCCCGCCCCCAAACGCAUCUCCCCCGGCCUUCAAGCACCCUCACAAACUACCGCCCCCUCCGGCCCACAACCCACCGCCAACGACGAAGCCACCAAAUCCGCCCGGCAAGUUGGCCCCACCAAAUCCUCCUCCAACGUCCGCAUGACGACGUACAUCGACUUCGCCCCGGACGUCUGCAAGGACUACAAGCAGACCGGCUUCUGUGGCUACGGCGACAACUGCAAGUACCUGCACGCGCGCGAGGACUAUAAGGCGGGUUGGGCGCUGGACAAGGAGUGGGAAGUGGAGCGGAAUCGGAAGAAGGGGGGGGUGGAGAAGGAGAAGGAGGAGAAGGAGGGGGAGAAGAAGGAGGAGAUCCCGUUCGCGUGCUUUAUUUGUAAAAAGGGGUAUUCGAAUCCCGUGGUGACGAAGUGUGGGCAUUAUUUCUGCGAGAAGUGCGCGUUGGAGCGGUUUAAGAAGUCGCCGGCGUGCGCGGCGUGUGGAGCGGCGACCGGAGGGGUGUUUAAGACGGCGAAGAACUUGAUGAAAAGGAAGGAGAAAGAGAAGGCGGAGGUGUGAGGAGUAGAUAGAAUUCAUUCCGUCUCGGAUCUAUGACACUAUGAAUGAGGCACCAUUUUCUUGAUACAAUAUGAGAAAUGUCGACGUCACAUGUAUUCUGGAUGCAGCCCGUUUUGAAUUG